AUGGCACGACAAACUUCACUUGAUGAUAUAAAAGAUCUUCGUUUGAUUAAUGAUAAACCUAUUCGUAUUCUUUUCUUUGCUGAAGCUACUGCAAAUCUUGGUCUUAUUCUUUUUGUCUUUCUUUAUCCAUCAACAUUUCUUGCUCUUCUUCUUAAACCUGACAAUGAAAUAACUUCAUUGGCUACUCAUAUACUUUCUUGGUGGAAUUCAUGGAUUUUAGUUAUAAGUGGCUUAAUGUUUGCUGCUAUUCCAUCAAAAUAUAAUACACCGACAUUGACGGCUGGUUUGAUACAUGUUCGUCGGUUUCUCUAUUGGGGUUUAUUGAGCAGUGAAAUAUUUCUUGCCAGUCUAUUAAUUUCUACUAAACAUCGAACAUUUUUAUCAAUAGGUUUUGCUAUUGUUAUUCUAUUGGUAGUUAUCGGUCGACUUAUUAUUCUUUUUCCAAAGAAAGCAUGGUUUGGUACUGUUGUGAUCGAAUCGACUACAGAAAAACAUAAAUAG